AUGGCCGAACCAUCCACUGAAGGCUAUGCUCAAGGCUGGCUCGAGUAUGAGAAAGUCCUUGGCAUGCGACCUCUCCUCACUGGAAGUCCGCAAGAUAUCAUCGACCAGUUCAAUGGCCUUGGCGCCAGUCUCGCUGCACAAGCACCUCCCCCUGAUGCCUCCAUUAUAACUGAGGACACCACUGCGGAUGGCGUCCCAGUCCGCAUCUACACACCUCCUGGAGCGACGGGCAAGAAACUGCCUGUUGGUGUCUACUACCAUGGUGGUGGAUGGCUCGUUGGUAGUCUCGAUUCUGAGGAUGCGUGGUGCAGAGUCAUUUCCAAGAACACACCCUGCAUCCUCGUCUCGGUUGAUUAUCGUCUCAGCCAGACAGAUAAGUGGCCUACCCAACUCGACGACAGCGUCACUGCUUUCAAAUGGGCCCGCAACAAUGCCACCAAAUAUGGCGGUGACGGCAGCAAGCUCUUCACAAUCGGUGCCUCAGCAGGCGGCGGACUCGCACUCUCCGUUGCCAACGAACUUAUCAAAGCCGGGCAAGGCUCUCAAGUAAACGGUAUCGUCGCAAUGGUUCCCGUAGCCGCACACCCGGACUCCAUCCCUUCCGCCUACUCCUCAAUGUACACAGCCUACACGGAGAAUGCGACCGGAGUUCCCAUCAUCGACGCCGGUAGCAUGAAGACGUUCUUCGACGCCGCGGGCGUAAAGUCUAACGACGAGAGAGCCUUCGCUUCGUUGAGCAAGAACUUGAAGGAUUUCCCCAAGACUUAUAUUAGUACUUGUGGGAAGGAUCCAUUGAGAGAUGAUGGGAAGGUCGUUGAGGAGAUGUUGAAGAAGGAGGGGGUAGAGACGAAGAGCGAUUAUUAUGACGGAGUUCCACAUUAUUUCUGGUUGUUCCCAGGGGUGGAGAGAGGCGAGGAGUUCUUAUUGAAUGUUUGUAAGGGGGCGAAGUGGGUCAGUUCUUAG